CCUGUGACGCCACGCCCUGGCCAGCCCUGCCCAGAAGACCCAGCAGCCAGGUCGAUGUCUUGACCAUGCUGCCUGUGAAGGUGCCCCCACCCAACCUGGGCCCCUCAGCACUGCUCCUGCUGCAGCUGCUGCUGCCCCCUACAUCCGCCUUCUUCCCCAAUUUCUGGAGCCUUCUGGCUGCUCCCGGCUCCAUCACCCACCAGGACCUGACGGAGGAGGCGGCGCUUAAUGUCACUCUGCAGCUCUUUCUGGAGCAGCCACCUCCCGGCCGCCCACCCCUUCGUCUGGAGGACUUCCUGGGCCGCACCCUUCUUGCCGACGACCUCUUUGCCGCCUACUUUGGGUCUGGAUUUCCUUCCCGACGGUUCCGAGCAGCCUUAGGGGAGGUGUCUCGUGCUAACGCAGCCCAGGACUUCCUGCCAACUUCCAAGAAUGACCCUGACCUGCACUUUGAUGCUGAAAGGCUUAGCCAGGCGCGCACACGCCUGGUGACAGCUCUAAGGGAGACCCUAGUGGCUGCCAGAGCCUUUGACCACACCCUGUCCCGCCAGCGCCUUGGGGCUGCCCUUCAUGCCUUGCAGGAUUUCUACAGCCACAGCAACUGGGUGGAACUGGGGAAGGAGCAGCCACACCCUCACCUCCUGUGGCCAAGGCAGGAGCUUGGGAGCCUGGCACAAGAAAGUGACCCUACCUGCUCCGAUUGUGAGCAGUUGAGCUGCCUUGGGAAUUUGCUGGACUUCCAGUUCCUCACCUCUGGCUACUUUGGAACACAUCCUCCCAAACCUCCAGGGAAAUGCAGCCAUGGGGGCUAUUUUGACCAGAGCAGCUCCCAGCCACCCCAAGGAGGCAUCAACAAGGAUAGCACAUCCCCAGGCUUCUCCCCCCACCAUGAGCUGCACCCCCAGGCUGCAAAACUGGCCCUUCUAGCCUCCAUCCAGGCCUUUAGCCUCCUGCGAAGCCGACUGGGAGACAGAGGUUUCUCCAGGCUCCUAGACAUCACCCCAGCCUCCAGUCUGAGCUUUGUCCUGGACACCACGGGCAGUAUGGGUGAGGAAAUCAAUGCUGCUAAAAUCCAGGCUCGCCACAUUGUGGAGCAGCGGCGGGGCAGCCCCAUGGAGCCUGCCCACUAUGUCCUGGUACCUUUCCAUGACCCAGGGUUUGGCCCUGUCUUUUCUACCAGUGACCCAGACAGCUUCUGGCAACAACUCCAUGAGAUCCAUGCCGUGGGAGGUGGAGACGAGCCUGAGAUGUGCCUAUCAGCCUUGGAGCUGGCCCUGCUGCACACACCUCCACUCUCAGACAUCUUUGUCUUCACUGAUGCCUCCCCCAAGGAUGCCCUUCUCACCAACCGGGUGGAAUCUCUGACUCGGGAGCGACGAUGCAGAGUGACAUUCCUAGUGACUGAAGACCCAUCAAGGGUUCAGAUUCGGGCCCGGCGUGAGGUCUUGUCCCCUCUGCGUUUUGAGCCAUAUGAGGCAGUGGCCCUAGCCUCAGGAGGAGAAGUGAUCUUCACCAAAGACCAACACAUUCAGGAUGUGGCAGCCAUAGUUGGGGACAGCAUGGCUAACCUGGUGACCCUUCCCCUAGAACCCCCUGUCGUGGCGCCUGGAAGGCCGCUUACAUUCAGUGUGGAUGAGCUGCUACAGAAUAUUACAGUCCGGAUCCAUGGGGAGAUUAGCAGCUUCUGGAUCAGAAAUCCUACAGGGGUCUUUCAGGGCCAAGAAGAAGGUGAGGGUCCUUUAGGUCACACUCGACGUUUUGGGCAGUUCUGGAUGGUGACCGUAAAUGACCCUCCACAGACAGGGACCUGGGAGAUCCAUGUCACAGCUGAGGGCACCACCCGAGUGAGAGUGCAAGCCCAGACCUCACUGGACUUCCUCUUUCACUUUGGGAUCCCAGUGGAGGAUGGGCCCCACCCUGGCCUCUACCCCCUGACUCAGCCAGUUGCAGGUCUCCAGACUCAGCUGCUGGUAGAGGUGACAGGGCCCGGCUCCAGAGGCAAUUCUGGGGGUCAUGGGCCACGUUUCUCCCACGUCGUCCUUCGAGGGGUCCUGGAGGGCGCUGAGCUGGGCCGGGUGCCCUUGGAGCCCACAGGACCCAGGGAGCAAGGUCUCCUCGUGGCCUCGCUGCCGCCCACGCUGUUGUCCUCGCCAGGACCCUUCUCUCUGGAAUUGAUUGGCCAGGACGGCGGGGGGCGGGGCCUGCACAGGGCGGCCCCCCAACCCUGCGCUGUGGUCCCUGUUCUUCUGGAGCUCAGUGGCCCCCCUGGUUUCCUGGCCCCGGGCAGCAAGGCCCCACUCAGCCUCCAUAUCGCCACUUUCUCGGGCCCUCAGGAUCUCGACCUUAGGACAUCGGUCAACCCCAGCUUUGCCCUCACCUCUAACCUCUCCAGGGUUCGUCUUGGGCAGAAUGAGUCCGCCUGGGGGUGCCUGUGGCUGGAGGUCCCAGAUUCAGCCGCCCUGGACUCCGUGGUGAUGGUGACUGUGACUACGGCAGGUCGAGAAGCCAACUCAGUGCCCCCGACCCAUGCUUUCCUCCGGCUCCUUGUGCUGGCCCCAGCCCCCCAGGACGAGCUCACUGCCUUUGCCCACUCAACCGGCCCUGUCCUCACGACUGCCAGUCCUGCCUUUCGCCUCUCCACUUUGGUGACUCAUGGCAGGGCCAGGGGACAGAUGGCAGGCAGCCCCUGGUGGGGCACAGUUGGAGGGGUACUGCUCCUGCUCUGCUUAGCCUCUUGGUAACACAAUAGCCCUUAGAGAGCCUGCAUCCUCUGAAGCUGGAAGAGGCAGGAAGCAGAAGUUGACUCUGGGCUACUGCCAUUCCUCUCAGUCCCUGACUGGGUUCAUUGUCUGGUCACUGGGUAUGAGCCCAGACUGACCACUGAGGACCUGGA